AAUUAAUUAAUUAAUGAAACCAAAACUAAAAUCAACUAUAGUUCGCCACUCGCCAGUCUCGUUUCAGUUCUGUGCCAUCUCUCUGUUUCUUCGAAAUUUUGAAGUAGCGAGAAGCGGCAAAUUGAUCGAAGCAAAUCCAGGCGAUGGCGGCGAGCGAUUACGAACCAGCCAAGCUUCUGCUGCCGUACCUGCAACGAGCCGAUGAGUUGCAAAAGCACGAACCCCUCGUCGCUUACUACUGCCGAUUAUAUGCUAUCGAGAGGGGGCUGAGGAUUCCUCAGAAGGAUCGCACUAAGACCACCAAUGCUCUCCUCGUUUCCCUCAUGAAUCAGCUCGAGAAGGACAAGAAGGCGGUGAAGUUAGGACCUGAAGAUAACUAUUUUUUGGAGGGAUUCGCCCAAAAUUUAUUUUCUAAGGCUGAUAAACAAGAUCGUGCUGGACGAGCUGACUUGAACACAGCCAAGACAUUUUAUGCAGCGAGCAUUUUCUCUGAGAUUAUUAAUCAGUUUGGGCCUCUGCAAGCUGAACUUGAACAGAAGCAGAAGUAUGCAGUUUGGAAGGCUGCAGACAUAAGGAAGGCAUUGAAAGAGGGAAGGACGCCCAAGCCAGGCCCUCCUGUAGAUGAUGAAGAUCUAGCGGUUCCAUCUAGUGGAUUUACCAAUGGGCAUGUAAGUUACAGUUCAAUCCAGCUUCUUCUCCACUCUGAUUUCAAAGUUCUGAAAGAAGAGGGGGAAAAAAUGGAAAGGAUGUUGGACAAGUGGAAACUUCGGCCACCACAAUGCAAUCAUCAGAGUCCGAUCCAUCGUCCCAAUUCCACGAUCAAGGUGGCAGUUGCCAUUCAGCAGACGUCCCGCAAUCAUCUCUGUUCCAUGAUCAGGCUAACCACCAACAGCAUCCUUCACACUUAAUGCCACAAUCACCACCUCAGUCAUAUGGUUCAGUGGGCAGGGAGCAUUCCGCACGGGCUCAAUCUCAUCCUCACCAGUCAUAUGACUCGUUCGACAGCCAACAUUCUGGCGGAAACAUCUUGCCUUCGCCUCCACCUCCACCUCCACCUUAUACUGGUGCUGCUGGGUAUUCACAAGAAUUCUAUCCAUCAGAGAAACCCACCUAUUCCCAGCCACACCACCAUAUGCAGCAGAAUUACCCAUCAUCGCAUGAUAAUUUCCUACUCUUACACAAACUUCCAGUCAUAUCCAAGUUUCGCAGACACCAGCCUCCCUUCCGUGCCAUCCCAUCAUCCAUCUUAUUACCAACAACAAGGGUCUGAUUCCACCACGUACAGUUCUCAGUCUGCUCCGACACCUGCUGCAGGCUAUCAUCCUCCACCAGCGCUGCGUAGUUCAAGCGACAGCAGCAGGAUGAGCUCGGCGGAUGCAUCCAUCCCAACUUCUGCCGCUGCAGCAGCAACGUACCAGCAGGACAGUAGCUACCAGCCUCCACCUGAGAAAAUUGCAGAGGCAAGAAAAGCGGCGAGAUAUGCAGUCGAUGCAUCUGAUGUGCCUGUGGUCGUGGAACACCUGAAGAAGGCCCUUGAGCUGUUAACUAACCCAUCUGCUGAUCCGUAAGAGUUAGUGAGGCUUCUGUCUGAUCGGAUUUGCUUUCUCCUUUCAUGUGUUUAACCAUUCAUGAGAUUCGCCCAGGCUUAUGAACUCGUUUUGAAUCCAUACUAGUUCCAAUAGCAAACUUAGGCAUUUUCUUACCAUUCCAGCAGAGGGUAGAACCACUUCCAGACACGAGAACAGCUGCUUCAGCUCGACCCUUCAGCACCUUCUUUGAUAUCCAGGAACCGGUAAGGCGGUAACUGUGAUAGGGAGAGUCCAACCCCUUACCCUGAUUGUGAUUCUGUCCAUCAAAAUAGCGGACAUGAAGCACGCGAAAGGAAAACCAGAAUACUGAAAGAUACACACUUUUGUUUCAUAUGAAUAUGAUAUACCUCAGCUAGCACUGUUGAGGGAUUAAAUUGAG